UGCUUUAUUCUGUGACACGCUCAUUUCUGUCUCAGGCACAGGAAACCCCUAAACUCUCUCAGCCCAGCCCCAGCGCCUGCACACACACUCCCAUAUACUUUCAGCGUGCUCAAAAAGGAGAAUGGUUGUGCCCACAGAGAGAAUGAAUGAGCUCUGGAAAAGGAUGGCUCUGGUUUUGGUGUUCGCCAUUCUUUUGCUACACAGUUGUCAGGCCCAGGAUACAACACCAAAUCCACCUGUGUCUGGGUCAACUGCAGGCUUAACAUCAACUGCUGCACCCGGAGAUAUAAAAACAACAACAGAACAAAAUAAUGCCACAUCAGUGCAGUCAUCUACCCCUCUAUCUUCUGCAGUAAUGAUGACAUUCCCCUCUUCUUCUACUGCUGCUGGUCUAAAAAUCAACUCCCAGACAUCAGCAGCACCUUCAUCGGUGAUCCCCGGCACUGACUCUUGGACUACACUCGAGAAUAACCAAACAGUAACCCAUGCAGUUGUUCAUUCCUCGGCCCCCUCUGCAGCUGGUGUGGAAGAACCAUCACAAUCGAAGACCAACAAUAACUCCAAUAAGGAGUCUCAGACUGAAAAUGAAGAAACAUCUUCGUCUUCCGCUGUUUUCGUGUCUGUGCUGAUGUCUGGCUUACUGCUUGCUGCCAUUAUAAUUGGCAUAUACUACUUUAAGUGUCAUCGCCAAACCAGCAGCAAAGGCAUUAAACUGGCUGAAGAGUCACUCAUGGCAGAUGAGGAGAACCAGGGCAACACUAUGGUGUCCGUGGCCCCUCUAAACCAACUGGAGCCCAAGGAGAAACCCAGUCUUAAUGGAGAGUCCACAGAAGCAGUGAAGACCCAAACCCCUCCAGCUGCCACCAACGGCCACUCUACCACCAAGACGGCAGACACUGAGCUCUAAAUAACCUAUUCUACCACACAGGUUCUGGGUAACAUGCUCAGUCCCUGUUCCUUAUACCCUCAAGCUACUGCAUAUAGCCCUUGGCCAUCAGCAUGCACUGGGUACACAAAGUGAAGGCUCAUAUUCCCUCAAUUCAAUGUAAAUACAAUCACAAAUUUUCAUACGGAACAAGUUAACCCUUUUGAAGCAAGAUUCAGGAUAAUUAAUGGAGUAAACAUAAUUGGUCAAGAAAUCCUCCUACCUAUUCAGUGAAAUGUCUAAAUAAUGUACAUGUUUAGUUGAUGUAUGAAAGCUUGUUGUAUAUUAUACUGUAAAAGCAUAAUGUGUUUAAAUGAGGUUGAUGAUUGGUAAUGAUGCCAGUUAUGACGUUAAUGAUGAUUACGAUGGCAAUGGCAUUUAUAAUAUGAACAUCAUAUAAUGAUGUAAAAGAAUCAUUUUAGUCAAAGAGUUGCACCCCUUGAGAAUAGAAAUGGUGUGGGGUGGGGUAACUUUCCCAUGAGUCAUUGCUGGCUUCAGUGAGCGCAGCCAGGGUUGGAACACAGGGAGGAGCCCUACUCCCAUCCCAAUGGUCCACAGUUUCCAGCUCAGAUUAAAUCACGCCACUCCAUAAAGAAUCACUCUGAAUGCAAUGGAUGGGAAUUGUGUUCUAGUUUAUGACGGGUUGUUUGUGUGUUUCUAGGCUGUAUGUCUAACGAAUCUAAUGCCUGAGUCAAGUGUACCGAAAUUACUGUGUUCUACAUGUUUGUCUUUGUGUACAGUAUGAUAUGACUUGUUAAUAGUCUUGUAUAAUUGUAUUAAUACCAUUGUGUGACAAAGUAAUUACUUGGAGUUUUUGAGCAGUGGUACACCCUAGUGCCAAAUGGACGUAAACUCCAUUUCAUUGCUGCAAACAACCCACAAUGUAAAAUCCAACAGAUUGUUAAUGGGAUUGUUCACCCAAAAAUUAAAAUAUUGUCAUCAUUUACCCACCCUUAUGUUGUUCCCGUAGGACUUUCUUUCUUCCAUGGAACACAAAGGGAGAUUUUAGGCUAAAUGUUUGCCUAUCUCACCUUUCGUAUUCAAAAAAUGCAUUGAAUGGUAUCUGAAGCAAACAUUUUGCCUAACAUCUACAGUGACAGAAUUUGUAUUUUUGAGUAAACCAUCACUUUAAAUAUACCGCAAAGCCCAUUAGCACUCAGGGUGACAUCUAAAUGUUUUCUGACAUUUCUGAAUCGAGUAAUAGCAUUGCCAUUCUUUGUAAACCAGUAUUAUGCUCUUUUGUAAUAUUUUUAUAGUCGACAUUUAGAUGUAGUGUUUAUGGAUUGAAUGACUGACUUAAUUGUUUGAAUGACCUGCCGUAAAUAUUAGAAGAUUUUCCGGUGGGUGAGGGGUUUUGUAUCUACAUUUGCUACUACACUGUGCAUUAGUCAUAAGGCAAAGAAAAUCAUUACUAGUAAUGGUAUGGCGUAACACUGGGUGCAGCCAUGAGACCCUGGACCAGUUCUUUUAGUUUUUACUCUCCAUUCUGUUGAUUACUGUACUGUUGCUUAGCAGAUUCACUCCAAUACUUUGAGCAACCACUGAGACAACAGGAACAUUUAUAUUUUGAAACAAGCAUUAGCGUUUUUAAAUGUUUCACCUUUCAUACUCCAGAAAAUAAUUAAGUUUGACUUAAAAUUUUGGGAUUUAAAUUUGGUGAUAGAAUGACUAUUCCUGAAGUACACCAAUUGAAAGUGGAAUUUUAUGAUUAAAGGCUGUAUAUGAAUAUAAGAA